AUGAUGGGCGGGAAUGGUACGCCUGACGAAUCUAGCAUCCUGAGCUGGCAAAGAUGGUGGCAGACGGGUCUCAUGGAGCUACUUCAGGUACUCGUCGGCAAGGUCAAAGGCAAAAUGGCGAUCCUCAUCGAUGAUAUGUGCGACACCGCUGGAACCCUAUGCAAAGCCGCUACAACGGUGAAAGAGUAUGGUGCCGCAGAGGUACUUGCAAUGUGCACACAUGGCAUCCUGAGCGGCAAGGCAAUCGACAACCUCAACGGAUGUGAUGCCUUAAGUAAAGUCGUUGUAACAAAUACUGUACCGCUUCAGGGCAAAGAUAAGCUGUGUCCUAAGCUCACAACUAUCAACAUUGCGCCGACCUUGAGUGAGGCAAUAAGAAGAACCCAUAACGGCGAGAGCGUCAGCUUUCUGUUCACACACGCUCCGGUCGAUAGCUCACCGUAA